GCAGGAACUCAACAAGAACGAACCAACAAGAACGUUUCUCGCGUACUUAUUUUGUCGCUUCUGUUUGGCGUUUCAUCGCGUUUGUAUGGCAUCCCAUAAGCGCGUACAUACAACAGCAGCUUCGAGAUUGCGACAAGAUUAUUUACGAAUCGUAAAAGAUCCUGUUCCUUAUAUAACAGCGCUUCCAUUACCGUCGAAUAUACUAGAAUGGCAUUAUGUCGUUCGAGGUCCAGAAAAUACACCUUACGCAGGAGGAUAUUAUCAUGGCAAACUAGUUUUUCCCAAGGAUUUUCCUUUUAAACCACCAAGAAUAUUUAUGAUCACACCCAAUGGACGGUUUAAAGUCAACACUAGGUUGUGUUUGUCAAUAAGUGACUUUCAUCCUGACACCUGGAAUCCAGCAUGGUCAGUCUCGACUAUUCUUACAGGCCUAUUGAGUUUCAUGGUGGAAACAUCUCCAACCCUUGGCAGCAUAGACACGUCAGAAUUUCAGAAACGACAGCUGGCACUAAGAAGUGGACCAUUCAACUUAAAAGAUAAGAUUUUCUGUGAGCUUUUCCCCGAUAUUGUAGAGGAAAUCCAUGAGAAAAUGAGAGAAAGAGGAGAGAUCAGGGAAGGCGAAGGAACCACAACACAAAACAACAUCAACAGUCAGGGUGGGGUGGCUGGUGCAACAAGAGAUGGAAACAAUGGCCUUAUCAGUAGUACCCUGGUGAACAUUUGUGUUAUCAUUGGCUUUGCUGCCUUUGCAUACACAGUCAAGUGUGUAUUAAAAGCCGUCGACAAUAGCUAAGACAUUAAAAAUCGUGGGCUGAAUGAAAGAUUCAUUCAUAGGGUAAGAAUGACAAAUCCAAGCCUUGGGGCAAGUCAUUUGCAAAGAAACUUAUUAUUUUCUGAAGGGAAAAAAAAA